UGCGCCGCGCCGCGUUGUGCCGCUCCGGCGCGCCCCGACGGUAACUCGCGUGUUUACGGAGCCGCCGCGUCCGCUCGCUGUAACGGGGCAGCGCCGCGUGCGUUGCGCUGCUCCCCCUCGCCCCGCUCCGCCCCCCCGGGGGCGCAGAUGGGCUCACCCGCUGCCCGGCGGCCGCCCCCCCCGCUGCGGCGCACUCAGGGAGGCGGCCGCCGUCUGCGCGGGGCGCGAUGGGCUCCGUGUCGGGGCUGCCCGGCCCCGGGGCCGCCGUCGCGCUGCGGGUGCGGGCCGUGGACGUGCGGCCGGCGGCACCCGUGGUGCGGCUGUGGGGGCUGCUGGGCGAGCGCCGCGCGGAGCACGUCCGGCUGUGCGCCGACAUCCAGGCGGCCGCGGGGAGCGAGCGCGGAGCCGCGCGGCCGGCGGGGGGCGCGGAGCUCUGCGCCGGGGAGCUGGGGCUGGUGGAGCUGGCCGGGCUGUGGCACCGCUGCCGGGUGCUGAGCCGCUGCGGCCGCGGCUGCCGCGUGUUCCUGCUCGACGAGGGCCGCGCGGUGUCGGUGUCCGCCGAGUACCUGGCGCGGGGCGGCCCGGAGCUGUUCCGCCUGCCGCCCGAGGUGCUGGGCUGCGUGGUGGCCGACCUGGUGCCGCCCGGGCGCCCCGCGGACGGAGCGUGCGGAGACGCGCCGCCGUUCGGCUGGACGGAGGAGGCGAUGGAGCUGCUGAGGCACCUGCACGGCAAGGAGCUGCCCGGCCUGGUGCGGGAGCUGCUGGUGCCGCAGCUGCUGCUGGUGCUCGAGCUGCCGCCGCUCGUGGCUCAGAUGCGGCGGCUGGGCCUGGCCGGGCACGCGUCCCCCAGCGCCUUCUGCCGGCUGCUCCGGCGCUGCCUGCUGCAGGAGGGCGACGGCGGCGCCCCCGUUCCUGCUCGCAUCUGCGACGGCGAAGAAAACCUGCCGGUCCCGUGCAGGCAGAGCUACGUGGAAAUGCGGCCCGGUUCCUCUAUCCGGGGUCAGUUGGAAGUGGGCUGUACGGUCGAUGUCGUCGUAACGUGUGCUGAAAAUCCCGGUUACUUCUGGUGCCAGCUGAAGAAGUGCAAUGAGUUUGCUGCAUUGAUGGCUGAAAUACAGGAGUACUGCGAAGGCUCGUCCCACCCGCACGCCUGGCCGCAGUCGGUGUGCUUGGCCCAGUACUCGGAGGACAGACGGUGGUACAGGGCCUUAAUUGUCAGCGGGGUCACUCCUGCAGGAGAAGUAGAAGUCAUGUAUGUUGACUAUGGCAACAGGGAGCUGGUGUCCCUAACGAGCCUGCGCUCCAUUAACGAGCACUUCCUUAAGCUGAAGGCCCAGGCCUUCAGGUGCAGCCUUUACAACCUAAUCCAUCCUCGUGGUCAGGACCCGUUUGUUUGGGAUGAGGCUGCGAUCCUGGCUUUCCAGGAGUUCGUGGAUGCCGCCUCGGAUCAGUUUGAACUGCAGUGCACCAUUUUUGCCUUGGCCUCGAGGAACAACAGGGAGCUGUUCAACAUCGUAGAUCUAAUGACGCCUUUUCAGAGCGCGUGCCAGUUUCUGACGGAGAGGGGUGUGGCCAAACGUCUGCCGCCUCAAACACCCCUGGCAGCCUCCGUUCAGCUUCAUUCUUUCUAUUACUCUAUGCACGAGAUCAAAAUCGGGAGUGAGGAAGAUGUCUUUGUUACGCAUGUUGAUGAUCCCCAGACGUUUUACUGCCAGCUGGAGAGGAGCGCGGACGUCCUGCUGCAGCUCAGCGAGAGCAUUUCUCGUCUCAGCAGAACAACGCCAAGCUCAGAAACCUGGCACAGGGCUGGUGAGUUGUGUCUGGCGAGGUACACUGACAGCCAAUGGUACCGGGGGGUCCUCACAAAAACAAAGCCCACCAAGGAGGUCUUUUUUGUGGAUUUUGGGAACACGGAGACCAUUGAGGAAGAUCUUCUGCUUCCUAUACCGAGUGACGCUCAUGAUAUCUUGCUUCUGCCAAUGCAGGCCGUAAAGUGUUCCUUAGCUGAUGUAGCUAACGUUCCCCAAGAAGCUACGGCAUGGUUUAAGAAAGCUGUCCUGGAAAGGCAACUAAAAGCAAUUGUUGUAGCAAAAGAAUCUGGUGGUAAGCUGUUGAUUGAGCUGUUUGAUGGUAACAUACAAAUUAAUGCAAAGUUGAAGGAGGAGUUCAGAUUAAGAAACAAUGCAGAAGCGUGUAGGUGUGUAAAGAGUGCAGCAUUGUACUCCGGUACAGAUAUGGAAAAGGGGAAUGGGGCUGCACAGUCACCUCUGAAUACAGGAGAAAGUAAAAACUGCAGAUCUAAAGCCCAGGGAGGAGAGAGGAGUAGCAAAAUGCACGUCAGAGAGAAAGAUGUAAACCUGCUCCAGCCUGCUGCAGAGAGAGAAUGGGCUUCUGAGCUACUGGCAUCUGAGGGGAAGGUCAGUAGUAACAAAGAUGCUCUGUUAAAUAAAGUGGAGAAGGAAAUGCAGUCUCUGCUUUCUGUCGAGAUGGAUGCAGAGUCAGAUAAUAAAUCUGAUACUGAAGGCAGUUGUGUACUGCUGAAGCGUGUAACUGAUCUGCCACAACGGAGCGUGGUGCCAGCUCGCACAGUGUUAGCAUAUGUCUCCUAUGUAAAUAAUCCUUUAGAUUUUUAUGUUCAACUGGCAAGUGAUGAGGCUCAACUUCACAGCAUUUCAGAACGCUUAAAGGAUGAAAUGCCAGCAAAGAUCCCCUGCGGAGAGCUCUUGCAAGCUGGAGACUUAAUCUGUGCUCUGUAUUCAGACGACAGCCUGUGGUACAGAGCUGUAGUAAAAGAGAAGGCUUCUGACCAUUUGAUUAGCAUACAAUAUAUUGAUUAUGGUAAUACUUCAGUAGUUGAUGUUGAUCAAGUGUGCAGGCUCCCUGAAGACUUAGAAUCUAUUCCAGCAAUAGGCAUUCAUUGCUUCCUAGGUGGACUUGAAUGCAAAAGGAGUACAGACUGGGCAGAGAAAGCAGCUCUUUGCUUCACCGAGAGGGUAAGUGAGGUUCUGCUAACGUGUGAGUUUGUAGAGGAGGUUGAUGGUAAGUGGAGAGUUAUUCUCAGUGAUGAUCAAGGUGAAAUAACAGUGGAUUUAGCUGAUGAAAGAUCUUACUCAACUGAAAUGCUUGAUAGAAGUGACGUGGUAAAUUCGUGUGAGCCUUCGCCUCCUCAGGCACAAAAUGAAGCUCCCAGUGCCUGUGACUGUACAUCACUCACCUGGAAGUUCCCGGAGGUAGGCCAGACUGUAAAUGUUUCUAUCACUGUGGUAAAUGGUCCAGACUAUUUUUGGAGUUGCAGUGCUGAUGAGGAAAACAUGACCUACAUAGAGGAAAAAAUAAUGGAAGCUGAAAACCUUGGACUAAACUCUAUGGACAGUUGCAUUAAGAGUGGUGAUAUUUGCCUAGCAAAGUACAGCGAGGAUGGGAAGUUCUACAGAGCGAAGGUCACCAGCGUGAAUGGCGAUGAUGUAGCUGUUAUCCAUGUGGACUAUGGAAGUGAGGAAACUGUUAGCUUGGAGAUGCUCAAACCAAUUCCACGUGAGUUGCUUCGGGUGCCUAAUCAAGCAUUUGCUUGCUGUCUGUCAGGUUUCAAUCCCUCAGAGGGCUCGUGGCUUAGUGAAGCCAAAGACAAGUUCUAUGAUAUGACUGUAGAGCUCCUACUGGAAGCUGAAGUCAUAGGAAUGCAGGAGAAUAAAGCUUCUGAAGUCCCUCUGUGUGCUGUCAAACUGGAGUCUUCUGGGAGGAAUAUUAAUGAAGAGAUGAAAUCUUUUUGGAAGGCUGAUAUGGGAAGUGGUCACAAGGCUAUCCCAGACCCUGAGAGCCCCUCAGAGGGAAACGGAAGUUCAAGCAGUGGUAUGGGUCUUUGUCUCAAAAGAGAAACUGCUACUUGUGGAUUAGCUCAAGAAGAAAAUGAAAGUGCCUUGCUUUGUUCCCAAUGCUUCUCGGGUGUACCUGGUGGGUGUUCAGAUGGUUCAGAAGCAAACAUGUCUGGGGAGGUGGUUGGUGGAUGUGGAACAGCUGAGCAUCAAAGCAGCUUUGAUAAAGAGAUUACUCCACUGGAAUAUGAGAGCAGUAGCAAAGCAUUACUAGAGCCAAGAGGAAGCUGCAGUCUUCACAGUUUGGGGGGCGGAAUGAAGUCUGCAGUACAAGAGCCACCUGAAGUACUGUUUCUGCAGGAUGUUGAGGUGAAGGCAGAAGCGUUGGCAGAAGGCAAGGCAGCCAACCCUGUGCUAGGAAAUGAACAAGAAGAGCUGGUGAGAUGGCUCCAGGUAGAGCCAUCUUUGAUGAGUGAUACAACAGAGGCAGUGAUCAAACUAGAUGAAUUACAAAUGCACUCUUCUUAUGAUGAUUUAAAAGAGUUGAUACUGGAGCUGGAGGAAAUAGCAGCGCUGCCCUCGGUCGCUGAUGAGAUGAAGGAAGCACUGGGAACAGGGGCACUUGAAAUGCAGGCUGCUUCAGGCAGUGAAGCAAGAGAGAAAGCAGUGAAGGGGGAAGUAUGUGAGCCCCUGCUCCUGUGUGAGGAGAUGGGGCACUUAGCAGUCCUGCAGUCUGAAACCUUACCUUUGCUUAGUGAAGGAGAGAGCUUGAUGCCUUCUGUUAGUGAUACAGGGAAGACGGUAGAGCUGUUUCCUUCUGAUACUCUGCCUUCUUUGAGACAGACUGCAAGGACACUGGAAUUGAAUUGCUCUGGGGUUCAUGAAGCAGAAGCUAUUCAAGAAGACUGGAUGGAAGUAGAGCCUCCCCUCAUGCUGUCUUCAUGUGAUGGUAGACCUGAGAAACAACCAGAGGCCCCUGAUAUGCUGGCAAUGGUAAGUGCUGAGAUUGAGCAGCUUCUGGAUUUGGUCCUGCCUGCUGUGAAGCCUUCUGAGGAGGAUGGAGUGGAGGACUCGUUAAGGCUGGAAUACACAGUGUUGCAAAGUUCUUCGAAUAGUGGAGGCCAAUUUUCAGUUCUUAGAAAAGACUUAACAAAUCAGAGGCCUGUUAGCACCAUACAGUCAUAUCUCUGCAGGGCUGAGAAGCGUAAAGAGUGGCAAAAGAAAGAUGACUGUUAUGUGAAAGAAUGGCUGCAGCAAGACAUGGACGAGUUGUUUAAAGAAUGUGGAAGAACUCCUACACAUGUGCAGUCUUCAGACUGUAAACCUGAUGAAGAAACAGGAAAAAAGCAAAGUGAUAACGUGGCUGACUAUGGUGCAGGAUGCAGUGGCUAUACUUGUAAGCUGAAGGGCUUUGCUGUUGGCUCGAAGUGUGUGGUGUGGACAUCUCUGAAGUGGUGCGAGGCUCUCAUUUUGGAGGUAUCUGAGGAGGGCACCAGGGUGCUGAAUCUCUCCAGUGGCAGUGAGGAGAUUGUGGAUCCUGAGAAUGUCUGGAAUGUUAUUCCCAGCUGGGCUGGCCAAUCACCUGAGAGAACUACUUGUGUGACAGAAGACAUGCUGUCCCUGCCAGAGGAAUCCUUACUUCAAGAAAAGCAAAGUGGUUGCAGUUCAGCUACCUCUGAAGAUCCUCAUGUUCUCCAGCCUUUCUGAAAGAGGACUUAUUUACCACAUGAAGUGUAACAAGUCCCUGUAUGCAAAUCCAUUACCACAAAAAUGGGUUUUUAUAGCAACAAUAAAACCAAAGCACUUGGGAGUUUCUCCUACAUAACCAAGCAGGUGCCUGGUACUGCCACACUUCCUUGUCAUGAAUAGUGGUUGGUGGGAGACUGGUGCUGUCUGUUGGGCAUUUUACAAUGGUGCUUUAAUCAAACAAUGUGCCUCUUGACAGGCAUCCCUUACUGAAUGCUGGUGUGCCACUAACUUAUGCCUAGCUGAUAGUGGGUUCUUGAUCAAAAGCUUCCCAUGAGCUGCAGUGGUGAUAUUUGCUGUUGCACUGUUGUUUGGGUUUUGUUUCUUUAGGUUUAGGAAAAUUCAGGGUGUUUUUGAGGGAAGUUUUUUUCCUCUGUAGAGAAACGAAGUUGUUCAGGACUGAAGCCUUGCAUUUGGUGUCAUUACAAAGCAACUGAAGAAGCUGGAAUAAAGCUUGUGCUGGCAAA